GUCCUGGUGCCAGAGCUGCUGCUAGAGGGAGUCAGUGCAGUCCUGUGUCAGACACGCCCGCAGCCUGGACCCGGGAUCCCCAUUCCCCUAGAACCCCUGAGCCUCGGGCCUCCGCACCCACAUCCAAGGUGAGUCUCUCCGCUGGCUGAGCUGGGGCUGGAUGGGUCAGACUCUCUAUUCCGGCUGCAGCUUCCCGCGCAGUGAGAAGGCAGCGGUCCCUGAGAGCCUAGCAGUGCCCUGGGAGCCUGCAGAGCGCAGGGGCGGAUUCUGCGUCGCACUGGCUGUCACGGGGCGGCCUCGGAGGAGAGGGGUGGGUCGGUGGGUCUGACAACAGGUCUGCGUAGGCGGCCGCUUCUGUCCCUCCCAGGCCCUCGCUCCCCGCAAUGGGCGGGCCCCGGGCCCUGCUGGCCGCGCUCUGGGCGCUGGAAGCCGCCAGGGCCGCGGCGCUUCGCAUCGGAGCCUUCAACAUCCAGAGCUUCGGCGACAGCAAAGUGUCAGACCCGGCUUGCGGCAGCAUCAUCGCUAAGAUCCUGGCGGGUUAUGACCUCGCGCUGGUGCAGGAGGUGCGAGACCCAGACCUCAGCGCUGUGUCCACGCUCAUGGAGCAGAUCAACAGGGUGUCCGAGCACGAGUACAGCUUUGUGAGCAGCCAGCCCCUGGGCCGGGAUCAGUACAAGGAGAUGUACCUGUUCGUGUACAGGAAGGACGCGGUGUCUGUCGUGGACACAUACCAGUACCCGGACCCCGAGGACGUCUUCAGCCGCGAGCCCUUCGUGGUCAAGUUCUCGGCCCCCGGCUCAGGUGAGCGGGCCCCGCCCCCCCCCUGCCGCGGGCCGCCCCCCCCCCCCCGCCGGGACCUGACGCCGCGACCCCUUCCCGCAGCAGCGCAGAAGCUGGUGCUGAUCCCGCUGCACGCGGCGCCGCAUCAAGCCGUAGCGGAGAUCGACGCGCUCUACGACGUGUACCUGGACGUGAUCGACAAGUGGGGCACCGACGACAUGCUGUUCCUGGGCGACUUCAACGCCGACUGCAGCUAUGUGCGGGCGCAGGACUGGGCCGCCAUCCGCCUGAGGAGCAGUGAGGUCUUCAAGUGGCUCAUCCCUGACAGCGCCGACACCACGGUGGGCAACUCAGACUGUGCCUACGACCGCAUCGUGGCCUGCGGCGCCCGCCUGCGCCGAAGCCUGAAGCCCCAGUCGGCCACCGUGCACGACUUCCAGGAGGAAUUCGGCCUGGACCAGACUCAGGCUCUCGCCAUCAGCGACCACUUUCCGGUGGAGGUGACCCUCAAGUCCCACAGAUGACUCGCGGCCUGGCUGGGGCAUGCCAUCUGCAGACCCUGGCCCUGAGGAAUGGCCCCACAGUGGUCCCUUCAGGGUAGCAGCCACCCUUCAGUGAGGCUCCAAGGCAGAGUUGGCUGGGCGUGGACCAGGGGCCAUGGACACGUAAUGGGCUGCCCUGCAACUCCGUUCCCCAUCUGUGAGACGGGCUGCAUCCAGCGACCUCAGGGGGUGUUGUGAGCCCCAUGAGGGGCACAGAGGGCACUGCCUGGCAAAUCUCUGCUCAAUAAAUGAGCCACUCCCAGCCGGGCCCCACA